AUGGCCUUUGCAACAACGUCUUCUGCUUUCGCCUCUAAACCAGCAGGCGGUUCCAUCUUUGGGAAUCCACAGCCUCAACAGCAACAGCAGCCUUCAACCUCAACCUUUGGACUCGGAAAUGCACCACCCCUAGGGCAAGGCCAACAACAACCAUCGGCCUUCGGAUCGUUUGCGCAGAAUCAGCAAAAUCCUCAACCGGCAGCCGGAGGCGGAGGCCUGUUUGGACAACCUUCCCAGCAGCAGCAACCCCAACAGCAGACUGGGGGUCUAUUCGGCCAGCCUUCGCAGCAGCAGCAGCAGCCUUCUGGGGGUUUAUUUGGCCAGUCCUCGCAGCAACAGCAGCCUUCGGGAGGUUUAUUCGGCCAACCUUCUCAGCAACAGCAGCCUUCUGGGAGUCUGUUUGGCCAGUCAUCUCAACAGCAACCUGCCGGUGGUUUGUUCGGUCAGAAUCCUCAACCUCAACAACAACAAUCUGCAGGAGGUUUGUUCGGUCAGAAUCCUCAACCUCAGCAACAACAAUCUGCAGGAGGCUUGUUCGGCCAGUCCACUCAGCAACAACAGCAACAGGGUGCAACGGGAGGAGGUCUAUUUGGCUCGACGACUACACAACAGCCUCAACAGAAUGUGUUCGGUGGGUUUGGCGGAAAUACAUCGGGACAACAGCAGCAAGGAGGGCUUUUUGGAGGAGGAACCACAAAUGCCCUUCAGGCUCAGCCCACUCAACAAAGUGGUGCAUUUGGUGGAGGCUUCGGCUCAACAAGCGGCAAUCCGUUAUUUGGAAAUAAAACUCAGCUCCAGCAGCAGCAGCAACAACAACAGUUUGUCCCCCAAAAUACUCUGCAACCCACUGGACCUCUCUUCACGAAAUCGACUAAAUUCAAUGACCUUCCUGAAAAUGUGAAGCAAAUAUUGGAAAGCAUCGAAACUCAUAUCCAAGGUCGGGUUCAGAUAAGUAAAGACCUGCAUCAACGCAAGUUAGGUGAGGAACCUACAAAAGGACAAGAACAAAUUCGCACCAUACACAAGGAUCUCAUAAAUAUUGCAACGACGAUACGGAACGACUUGCACCACACUCAAGAUCUGAAAGCCAAGGUGGAUCAAGCAGUGGAAGACACCAUAAUCGCAAUACGCAUUAUCGAUGGGUUUAGGAAUCCACAAAGCGGCACAAGCUAUUUGAAGGACCACGCUCGGUAUCCCCUCGAAUUCUUCACUCGCGUCACUAAUCAAAUGCGGGAGAGGCUGACUUGGUACAAGACAACCAUCGAGCAAAUUGAAAGGAAACUUACGUCGUCUGCGAAUCAAGCUCAAACAGGCAUUGUGGCUACCCUUCAAGCGCAACAUGCGACCUUCCUAGCCCUUGCAAGCAAAACGGCGGCUGUUGACGCUGAACUACAGAAGGUCAAGGCGUUGUACACCCAACUUUGGCGAACGAAGACAGGGAGCGUCAGAGAUCCUUUUGCUGGCUAUGAUAAACCUGUUGACAGCAAUUCUGACCUGGGUAUGGGAAGUUUGUGUGUUCGGUAG